UAAUGUGAUCUGGAGGCUUGGGGCGUGGGCUGAGGGCGAGACAGCUGGAGGCUGUGAUUCACAAAAAAAGAAGAAAAAAAGAGACUUGGCGGAGAAAAGACGACGAGCCGCUACAAGCGAGCCCCCCGGCCGUCUCCAGAGGAGCAGGAACCAGAACGGACGGACACAUCCAGUCUCCUGGACUAAGGACCGGGAGGAGAGGGUCGUAUGGGCGACACAGCGCCCAGGGGGUCCAGAGGUCCAGAGGAAGCGAGGUUUCCUCCGGCUGGAAUAAAAGCCCACAACAACAACAACAACCAAAGGAUAAUGAUCUAAAAAUGGCUGCCACGCUGACAGGCGUACGCAGAUGACAUCGCCUCAUUCAACAUCAACCGCUAGAGGAGUAGCUGGAACCCAGCGAGCGCAGCGUUCCCUCACGGCGACGUUGGGUUUGUGAUCCGGAGUUUCAAAGCAAACAAGCCUCAGUGCCUUGGAACCGCCAGAGACUCAGAGACUCAGAGCCAGAGACUCAGAGACUCAGAGGGCUCACACAUUGACAUCGGUAUAUCCCGCAGCAGUUUGAGAGGCUUUAUCUCCACAUGUCGAGGGACUGGAACAAGGUAAAACAAGAUGAAAAACAAGUGUGCACUCUCAUGUGUUAGUUUGUCAGGACUCUGUUUGUAUCAGAUGUGAAUUACUUGGUGAAAAUUGAGAUGAAUCCCACAGCAUGAAGCAUGUAAAACACAUGUUAAAAAAGUUAUAAGCUGGGUGAUAAAAGGAAACUACAAACAGAUCUCUGGCUGCUGGCGGGCAUCAUGCCGCACGUUGCUGGGAGCAGUGGUUUUCCGCAGGGUGUGGCGGCACCAGCGGUUACGGCGUGGCGUUCUGUCGUGGUGUUGUUCGUUUGUCUCCUGCUCCCCCAGCCGGACCCGGUCCGGGCCGCCGUCUGCGCGUUUCAGGACUCCCCCCAGGCAGGCGGAUGCCUCUGCGCCUCGGACAUCCUCAGCUGCACUGCCGCGGGUCUGGAUCAGGUUCCACGAGACAUGCCCGUCUCCGCCGUCACUCUGGAUCUAAGCCACAACAAGAUCACACAGCUGGGGGACCGCAGCUUCGAAGGACUCAACCGGCUGGAGACGUUGCGGAUAGCGCACAACCGGCUGACUGUUAUUAAGCCAGGGGCGUUUAGAAACGCUUCUGGGACUCUGCUCCGAUACCUGGACCUGUCGUCCAAUCGGCUCAGUGGUUUGAAGGAGCUUUAUUUCCUGGACCUACCCGGAUUGAAAGAGCUGCUUCUGUUCAACAACCGCAUCGUCCACGUGGAGAGCAGAGCCCUGGCUGGACUGGGCAGCCUCCACAAGGCCUACCUCAGUCAUAACCUCAUCAAAGACUUCCCCUUCUUUUCUAUCCAGGAGCACAGCCACCCUCACUUGUCCGUGCUCGACCUGUCCUCAAACCGCCUGUCCAAACUCCCCCUGGAGGACAUUACAAACUUACCCAUCUCAAUGCAGAGAGGAAUCUUCCUUCACAACAACUCCCUGGUGUGCGAGUGCUCCAUGUACAGACUUCUCCGGCACUGGGACCAGAGAAGAUUUUCCUCGGUGACAGACUUCCGACAGGAGUACACCUGUUUGGUCUACGGUAUACAGAGGGGCACCGUGCGCUUCUUCCAGCACGGCCGCUACUUUGAAAAAUGCAACUUGACCGUGUUGAGUCAGGGGCUUCGACAGCAGGAGAGCGGCGUUUUAGUAAAGGCAGGAAAGCCGGUGCUGCUGCACUGUGUGACCAGCUUCACCGGACAGCAUGUGACCUUUCUCUGGGUAUCACCGAAUCAGGAGUACGUGGCACCGCCGGGGAACAACGGAUCGUUAAAGAUGUACGCCAACGGCAGCUUGGAGAUCCUGGCGGCUCGCGCCGAGGACUCCGGCAUCUACUGGUGCAUGUCUCAGGACCGGCAGCGCAAUGAGACGCAGGAGGUCAACGUGACAGUGGUGCUGCACCACGGCGAGCCGCACGAGCCAUUCAACACAGGAUUCACCACCCUGCUGGGCUGCGUGGUGAGCCUGGUGCUAGUCCUCAUGUACCUCUACCUGACGCCAUGCCGCUGCCCUCCCUGCUUUAAAGCCCUGACCCCGAACCCGGCCGCGGCGAUCCCAAGCCAGGUGAACGAGGCCGGAGCAGGGAGCGCCCAAUCCUCCAUCCUCACCCCAACCCCGCCAGCAACCACUGAGGGCCCCGGCCGCAAGGUCAGUACAAACAAGCAUGUGGUGUUUCUGGAGCCAAUCAGGGAGCAACAGAACGGCAGACUCAGGGCAGGGAUGGGAGGACAUUUGGGUCCAGGUUUGCUACUCGGGGCAGAGCAGCACUCAAAGCUCCACAACCAGAGGUUGGGGGAGACGGACUCCAUCUUGCCCAAGUUCUCAGACGCCUUAGCCAUCCCAUAGCAAUGGGACAAACGCAGAGACAGCGUCAUCGCCUCUCUCUCCCUCUGCUUCUUCCACCUCUUCACCACCGCCCACUAC